AUGACUCCACCUGAUGGCCCUGGGGCCCAUUCUGAUGGAAGCGAUGAAAGCGAUGACAAUGCGCAAAAUCCGGAUCGUUCACCCUCAAGCGCCAAGAAGGUCAGAUCUAGCAGAGCCUGCAUCGCGUGCCGGCGGAUGAAAACACGCUGCGAAGUAGACGAGGCGCUAGGAAAUGCUUGUAAGCUAUGCAUCAGAGCCAGAAGGCAGUGCGUGAUGCAGUCAAUUCCCAGACGUCGGAAAAGGAAGACUACGGAAAGAGUGGCCGACCUUGAAAAGAAAAUCGAGCAAUUGACCACACUUUUGUCCGCAACAGAAGCAAAUUCAAAUAAUGAGACCCCGAAAUCCGGUGCAGGAAGUGUUCCGACAGCCAGAGAAUCGGGCUCAGAGUCCGAUCCCUCUUCGGAGACCCUUAUUGAUCGAGCCUUGAAUCGUGGACUCCUCGACUGGCAAACAAUAAGCACAGCUUUUGAUCGCUUCCAAUACCAGAUGUGUCAGUACUUUCCAUUUGUUGUGUUUCCAUCCAAAACCGACCCUGCCGUCCUCAAGGAACAACAGCCGCUUCUCUUCUUUGCCAUUAUAAAUGCAGCAAUCGCUUCCGUCCAUAGUCCAUCGAAGUCAGCGCUUGCGGAUAUGCUUUCUAAAGACCUUGCUCUAAGGAUCAUGUACAGAGGAGAAAGAACUCUCGAGCUCAUCCAAACGCUUCUUGUUCAUUUCUGCUUCUACGCACGACCGAGGCACACGCGGGAGCUCAAUUUCAAUCAGAUGAUUCACAUCGCAAGCACAAUGGCAUUAGAUGUCGGUCUCGGGCGAAGAUCGCACAACUCCGUGUCGUCAAAUAACCCAGGACAGCAUCAACUGGAAUCUCUGGCUAGCCGUAGAGCUUGGUUGGGGUGCUAUUAUUCCGCCACAAGUGUUUCUAUCGCGUUACGACAUCCAGCAUUUGUCCGUUGGUCAAUUUAUAUUGAGGAAUGCCUUGAUGUUCUGUCAUCAGAUCCAGCAGCUCUGCCAAGCGACAAGUGGUUGUGUGAUCUUGUACGCCUCCAGCAUAUAUCUGAGGACGCAUCCAUUGUCUUUUCGAUGGAUGAUCCCGGCUCUACAAUAACACUCCGCGAUGUCAAAGUUCAAUAUCAAAUAGGAGGCUUUCGUCAGCAAUUGGAGCGCUGGCGCCGGAAUUCAGGCUCCGACAUUACAAAACCCUAUGCACGUCAUGUCGAAGCAAUCACUGCCCUAUUCAUUCAUGAGCUUGCUUUACACUCUGAACACAACAUUGAUGAGCUUCGUGCUCCAUUACGACCAGUUCAUGCUGUAGCCGCGGCAUCAGCGGCAUCAGCUGAUACUUUGGUUGCGUCAUUAGAAGACUUACAUUUUGCGCCUGCUAGGAUAGAGUCUCUGCUCAACUGUCUGAGCGCUAUCCAUGCGAUUUUCGAUGCCUUCCUCUCCAUGGACCUUAGCACAUUAUGCGUCCUACCGAACCUCUAUUUUGUCCGCACGGGAUAUGCCGCAAGAGCGCUCCGAAAGCUUCUGACUAUAUGCGAGGCCCAAGCCCGGGCAGGCGCCCAAUUUCGAAUUGAUGCCAAGGAUUUGAAAUUUGUUGAAUAUAUGACAUUUUUGGUCGAUACAUUCAGGAAGGUCCAUGCUGCGAACAACUCACAAGUUGCGCGAGCAUUUAGCGUCGUGCUUGGACAGAUGAGAGCACAAGCGAUGAAAGAGCCGAGCAUUUCUGCAGGAGUUGGCGUGUCUGAAGACCCGGCAAACGAGACAGGUCCGAGAACAACAAAGCCCCGUAUGAAUUCACUGCCCACGCCACAGACUCUGUCGUCGAAUAGUCUCCCUCAAGAUCAUGCACUUUCUGCCUAUCCCACAAAUCAGAUGCCUUUUUUGCCUUCCAGUCAUGCGACCAGCAUACAGCCGCACCUACAAGUGUUUGACAACCCAAGCAACUUUGAGUCACCGAUCAACGUGCCAAUUUGGUACCCGAAUGAGACAAACGAUUCCUACAUGACUGGAAUUGAGCAAUGGUUUGGACAGGACUUCAUGUUCGACGGCGUGUCGACUUUUGGGUACGAAGAUAUAAACUACCCGCCUGUUACAGGAGGAUGGCAGCAACCGUAA